AUGCCGCCGGAGCGGCGCGCGGUUGUGCAAGCCCGGCAGGCGGUGAUGCGGCAGUAUGACCUAGCCCUGUGCCGGGCCGCGACGGAACACAAAAGCCGGGAAAGCCUCAAAGAGAAGGUGCACGCGGCGGCGAGGAUAGCAGUUAGCCGGCACGCCAGCGGCCUUGAGGUGAAAUCCUUCGUUUCGCGGCUGGUGGACGUCUGCGAUGACCCGAUGGCCAUCAAGGAGAAUUUGCUCUUCGUGAUCGACUCCAUUAUGCGGCACGCAGAGAAGGAGGACGGUAGCGUAGUCAAAAAGUUUGAGAAGGCUUUUGCCCCCCAUCUCUUCACGCUGUUCGGUGCGUGCGUGCAGAGCAGCACAAACAGGGUGGAGGUGGCCACAUACCUCCUCAAGAAGCUAGCCGCCGGCCCAGAAAUGCCAUCAGUGUAG